AUGCUCGAGAAGGGUCUCAUUGCAAAGGACCUACUACUGGUAGUUUGUGCCACCGUGCAAAGGAUCCGUGACCCUGCUGGACCUGGAGACGCCUGGGCUGACGAAAGUGGGAAACUUGUAACCGAGCGCAUCUUCUCAAAGCCGUCAACCUCCAGUCUACAGACACUACUACUGUUGCAACGGUACGAGGAAAACCGCGGCCGCCAUCUUCGAGCGUGGCUGUAUUCAGGUCUUGCCCUUCGGAUCGCCCACGCGCUGCAGAUCAAUGUUGAGCACCAGGAUCAGCCGGUCACAGUCAGAGAAGUUAGACGGCGCAUCCUUUGGAGUCUGGUCGUGACCGACUCGUUGACGGAGUCAGGUACGCGGCCGUUGAGCGGCUUGAGGGUGCAUGACCUGACGGUCGGGCUACCGUGCGGCGAGAGCGAUUUCAUACGCAGUGUUGCUGGUCCCGCGACGCAGGUCGAACCUCACAACGUCAAUGAAUCGCUACCGGCCUAUUGUGAAAGCAUAGGUGCCCAGCUUGUGAGCUUAGCACUGCUGCGACUGGAAACGGUUGACUACACAUUCUCGUAUCAUCCGAGAAAUCUCGGGCACCUACCAUCCGAACUACCGUGGGAUAAGCUCGCAAAGUUCCAGCGCCUGCGGCAGAAGCUUGAAGGAUGGAGGCAACAGCUUCCAGCGCAACACAGCGCAGACAACACCAUUUGCUCCAAGAGCACCAAGAUCCAGAUCCUAAGCCUCGCAUGUCUAUACCAUGGAGCAUCUUGCGAUCUCUUCCGGAUCGGAGCAGUUUUGUCUAGCCUGCCACGGACACACUUCACGCCUCCACCAGAAGCGUUCUUGUCUGAAUGUGCACGUGCGCUUCUUUACCACGCCUACUGCAUUGCGAAAGCAAUAUCAGACUUGUCACCGGCACUCGACUACUGCGACUCGUAUGCUGGAGUAUGCGGCUGCUUGGCUCUCCGUCUGCUCAUCGUCGACCGACGCCCGCGGGAGCAGGAUUACGUUCCACUCUCAGAUCCAUCCGUAAGCUGGGCCAUCUCUGGAACGACAAGGUGUGUGGAGGCUGUUGCACGAUGGUCGGAGCCUGUGCGCGGCUACUUUGGCUCCAUCUCUGCUAUGUGUCAGGAGCGUGGUUAUCCCAUCGCCUCUCACGGCACGCAGGAACAUGGUCCGGAUCCCGAGAACCUCUCAAGAGCCGCCUCUCCCAGCUUACGGACCUUCGGAACAUUUGGGACUGUGCGUCGAGACCUCAAAGCUCACGCUCAUGAAGACGAUGCGGCAUCCGUUCCCGCAGGUAGUGAUGCCGGAAUAAGUCCGAAGGAGUUCCCGACUACGGGGCUAGACGGAAUCAACCGCUCGCCUGCCAGCUUUGGGCCACAAGAAGGGUUUGAUGCUCAGUUCCCUCUCUCGUGGGAUCCUAUGAGCGACGACGCUUUGCUGACAUACUCAGCGUGGGCGGAUGGCACAUAUGACUUCGACGCCGCAGAAGCCUUCAGGUACAGCGACAGUCUCGGACUUGGCUUUCAGAAUAAUCUUUACAUGCCGAAUGGAAACUAUUGA